AUGAACUUUGGAAAUGACACAGGAGAACGUGUGACAGAAUUUAUAAUUACAGGUUUUGACCAUCUGCCCCAUCAAAAGCUUCUAGGAUUUUUGAUUCUCAUCACCUAUUUCCUCAUAUUGUUGAGCAGCAGUUUGAAUGUCUGCAUUAUUGCAACAGACAGGCAACUGCAUACUCCGAUGUACAUCUUCAUUUGCAACCUGGCACUGGCGGAUAUUAUAUUCACCACGACCGCCAGCACAACAAUGAUCUCUGUGCUCCUCGCUGAGGUGAAAACUAUUUCCUUCUACUCUUGCAUUUCACGGAUGUACCUGUAUCACUUAUGUGACAUUACCAUGUGUCUGGCCUUAACACUAAUGGCUGCUGAUCGCACAAUCGCCAUCACCUGCCCUUUGAGAUAUCACAGCAUCCUGACCAACACACGUUCAGUUGUGCUGAUCCUUCUGUCCUGGCUGCUAGGAAUGGCAGCUCUGAGUCCUGUGGUUGCUACCGCCAACAGCCUUCCUUACUGUCAGCCUAUUCUGAAGUAUGUGUUUUGUGAUUACCCGGUCCUGGUAAGGGCAGCUUGCGUUAACCCUGAAGACUAUUUUUUGGUGUCCACAAUCAUAGCUUUGUGGCUGCUCUGUGGCCAGUUCCCACUGAUUCUUUCAACAUACGUGGCGAUCAUCUACACCAUUGCAAAACUAUCAAACACAGAUAGCCGCAGCCAAGUGAUUAAUACAUGCUUAAGUCAUUUUUUGGUUGUUGCCUGUUAUUAUGCUCCCAAACUGGUGUCUGUCUUGUUGACAAGAGUAGGUGUUCAACUGAAUCUGACUGAACGUAAUGCAUUGUUGAUUAUUGCAACUCUGGUUCCUUCCCUUAUAAAUCCAACUGUUUACUGCCUUAGGACAAAAGAAAUCAGAAAGAGAUUGAUCAAAAUUUUUAGCAUAAAUAGCGUGACAGUAGCCAAGUAA